UCUCAUUGGUUCCCGGUGGUUUAUUUUGAUAGCGGAGACUCCGCGGACGGCUGAGCUGCAGGUGAGAGAGCCGCGGCGUCAGCAGGUGUGUUCUGGAGCCUCCAUCCCGACAGGCGGUGCCUUCCCAGCGGAACUAAGCGCGGAGCGGCGGUUCCUGGUUCCUGGUCACCGGGGAGAACAUGGCUGACCGGGAGCAGGCGGCAGCGGGAGGAGGGUCUCUCAGCGAGUCGCAGGGACAGGUGUUGGACAGGUGUCUGCACGCGCUCAGGCACGCGAAGAAUGACAGCCAGACGCUGGCGGCGCUGCUGCUGAUAACCCGCCUGUGCCCGCCGACCCGGCUGGACAAGCCCACCAUGCGGCGCAUCUUGGAGGCGGUGGGCCUGAACCUGCCGGCCCGGCUCCUGGUGACGGCGGUCCAGAACCCGGACGGGUCGGUUCUGCCCGCCCGUGAGCUCCUCUCUCUGGGCACGGCGCUGCUGGCCGCCCUGAGCACAGAACCGGACACGGCCUCCCGCCCCCAGCUCCUCGCCACCGUGCCCCUCCUGCUGGGCCUCCUGGCCCACGGCUCGGUGUCGGGCCUUCAGAACCGAGCCGGUACCGGUCCGGUGGACCGCCCCGCGGGCGACGAAGGCGCCCAGGAGAGCUCCAGGCUGGACGAAGCCACAGCCGCAGACUGCUUCCAGGUUCUGACGGCGGUGUGUUCGGUACCGCGGGGCCCAGAGCUGCUCCUGAACCGGGCCGCGGUGCCGGCGCUGUGCCGGGCCGUGGACCAGAACCAGAACCAGACGCUGAGCCAGCAGAGGGCGCUGCCCCUGCUGGGCUGCCUCCUGUCAGGUAAAACCAGGGAGAAGGCGUGGAGGAAACACCCGGCAGAACUUCUCUCUCUGCUGCUGCGGCUCGCCAAAGAGUUCUGCCGGUCCUCGGACCCGACCCGGUUUCAGACGUGCGCCCGGCUGGUGCGGUUCCUGCCGCCGCCAGGGGAGGCGCCGCAGAGCGAGGAGCUGAAGGAGGCCGUGAGGGACGUGUGGGCGGCGCUGAGGCCCAUGCUGCAGGCCAAGCUAACGCCCAAACAGAUCGGACCGGUUCUGGUUCUGGGCGCCUGCUUACUGGACCUGUACGGCUGGGAACCGGUGGGCCCGCCCAAGUUCUGCUGCCUGCUGGUGAACCGGGCCUGUGUGGAGGUCCGAAUGGGUUUGGAAGAACCUCCAGGGACCGAUCUGAGCCCGGAGCUGCAGCACACACUCACAGGGUGUUACCGGAUCAUGGAGGCGGCCAUGGAGCAGGCGUGCACGGCGGGAGACGCUGCGCCUCCUCACUGCUCCUCCCAGAACGCGCUGAGCCUGCAGCAGAGCCGGCAGGUUCUGGGGGUUCUGACCGAGGCCUUCUCCUCCGUCAUGUUCCACCUGCAGCAGGUGGAACCGGGCCGGUUCUCCGACCCGUUUGUCUUCGCCUCGUUCCGCGUUCUCUGCUCCUGGCUGGCCGAGGAGACUUCCUGCCUGAAGGAGGAAGUGACGGCGCUCCUGCCGUUCCUGGUCGGUUACGCGCGGCGCCACCUGCAGGAGGCGGCCUCCGAGCAGGGCCUCUCUGAUUGGAUGGCCCGGGUGUCCGUCGGUGAGGAGGGCGGGGCCUGGACAGGUGGGGAGGCGCUCAGGUACCUCCUCCCCGCUCUGUGCCACCUGUCGGCCGAGGACGCUCCCAGGAAGGUGCUCCUCAGCCUGGACCUCCCGCUGCUCCUGGUGGGCUUCCUCACGCAGACCUGGACCUCCCUGAGGGAGAGGAGCGGCCCCGCCCUCAGCAGAGAUCCCAGCAUGGAGACGGCGUGCUCCGCCCUGCUCAACUUCACCGUGACGGAGCCGGAGAGCGUCAGGAAGGAUCCCUGUUUCAGGACCUUGGAGGCACAUCUUAGCGAAGCACUUCCUGUUCUGGUGAAUAAGCCCCGCCUCCUGGUCCUAGCAGCCAAUUACUGCACUUUGGGGCUCAUGAUUGGUCGACUGAAGCCUCCGACUGCAGGUGAGAGUUCAGGCUCGCCGGACGCGGCCCAGAGACGGUUCUUCUGUGCGGCUCUGCGGCUCCUCGGCGGCGCCCUGGGCUCCGGUUCUGAUUCUGGUCCGGUCCAGUUGAGCGACGGCUGGGCUGAGGCGGCGGAGCUGUGGCGCCUGUCCCUCCAGGCUCUGGGCGGCUGCGUUCGGGUCCAGCCGGGCCUCGUGGCGCUGAUCCGGGACGAAGGCUGGCUCAGGCACACCCUGGGCCUGCUGACCCGGACCGGCGGCCCGCCGGAGCGGAACACCGAGGAGGUUCUGGAGGAGGUUCUGUGCGCCGUGGUGGAGCGCUGCCCGGACUGUCGGCAGGAGGUCCGGGAGGCGAUGAGGAGCGGCGGGGGCGGAGCUCUGGGCAGGAUGAAGAGUCUGAGGAAGUUGGUGGCGGUUUAAACUUUGGGGUUCUGAACCGGCCCGGUGUGGGUUCUGAACCGGGUCAGAACUCCAGCAUCUUCUGUGUGACGGAGACCAAAGAUUAAUAAAAACCUAUUUUAUCACUGAA